AUGGCAUUGGAUUUCCUGUCCGAGUUUCGACGUCGUGAAGGGGAGAGUGACAUUCGCAAAGCUAGAUGGUACAUCAUUGCGACGUCGGCCCUCACAGCGGCUUCUGCUGGGGAACAUAUAGGUGAACUGUACCGCCAAAUCACCGCUGGUUUAUCCCUAGAAGACAGAAAGAUUGUGCAACGAAGAAUCAAAGAGGCAAUCUUGAAAGGCUCAAUCCUCUACGGAGUCCCGCGAUCGGCUACAGCAUUCACUUCUCUUUAUGCAAUGCUACCGGAUGACGAAGUCGACACCUACAGUCCCAGGAUGGAAAAUUUCGACAAGCCAGGAGACGAGCAGAGACGGGCUGAGAGAGGCCGAAACUAUUUCGACACGCUCUGGGGUGGACCUACAGGUGGACAAGCACAACGAGACCGGGCUAGUAAAUACUAUCCCGACGCGGGAUGGCAUCUGAAUGGCCUGCUCCGGCACGGAGCUACAAAAGAAGAAGCUCAAUUUGCACAAGACCUUGCGCUCGCAGUGGCACAACAGUUCAAUGUCAAGACGGGCAGCAUUACGAAGGUAGAGGACGUGAAAUUGUAA